AAUGGCAAUAUACCAGUCAUUUUGGAGAUGCAUUAUGGUAAUGUGUUAUAAUUUCAAAUCCGGGUCAUUUUCAUCCAACUAAGAAUUCUAACCGAAUAUAAUCAGGAUUCAUGCACGAUACUCAUUUGAUAUUGAAACAUGAACAUAUUUGGGUUUGGGAACCCUUAUCAGUUGAUACAAUUAAGCGUAAAAAUGUGCCAACGUACAACAUGAUAAACUGCAAAUAAUUACAGGUUAGAAAUGAAGCCAUUGUGAAGCAUAUAAUUCAAAAGCAUAAUUCUAAAACAGCACCUUGCAUUGUUGUUUGGGUUAGACAUGUGCUUAUGCUUGAUGACUGAUGACAAAUGUAAAAAACGAAAAAGAAAUCUACUCACUCUCCUUUUUUAUAUCCAUUACAAUCCAUGGAAAGACGCAUGCCAAACAGUGUGACACAAAGGAAUGAUGUAAAGAUGAAAGACCAUUGAGGAAAUCACCAAGGAAGACACCAAUUGUUAUCCAGCAUCAAAGACAGAGAGAACGGUCACCUGAUAUAGAUGAGAGACCUACAGUAACACCUGCUGUUCAGGAAUACUUCAACUUGAUGUUAACAAAAAUGGAAGAGAUGCAGAAAGACAUCAAAGUACUGAAAGCUGCAUUGCUAGAUGAAGAUGAAAAAAUUACGGACAUAAUGCCAAGGCCGCUUAGCAGCAUAAAAGCACUUCAACAAUUUGAAGAACAAAUUGAUGAUGCCCUCCGGAAGAGACUAUUGAAUGUCCUUGCCAGUCUCCAAGGGGGUAGUGAUGCUGCACAAAUAUGCAGAAAGAUAAUGCGGACAUGCAUGACAAAUGGAUGCAUGAGCCAGUUCAGUGGCACUGGCCAAAAGGGCAAGGCUAGAUUUAUGGACACCAAAUUAUUUACAAUUGUUUUAGGUGCUGGAAGAAAAGUUAAAAAAAAAAAAAAACAAAUUUCAGUGGAAGAACUAAAGAAUGAGGUGUUUGAGGUGUUAAGAAGUGCCCCGAAUAAACCAGGAGGCUCCAAUUACAUGAAGAAACAAAAGGAAAAGAGGCGGAGGUGCUUGUGAGACGUUACAAAUUUCUACACUGUGUUUCGGAAAUCCCAGAGAACAGAGAAUGACUUACAAGACUUUAAAAAUUCCCCACUAUGUUUUUUAAAAUCCAUUGUUACUGUUAUAUUUGCCUUUUUUUCAUAUCUAAAUAGUAAAUAUUUUAAACUCUAAAUAAUAUCUUUUGAAUCCAUAUCUCCACAGGACAGUGGUAUUUAAAUGUCAUUUUGCAUCCAUCGUCAUUCCCACAUGCUAAAAACAAAAAUCAAAGAAUAACAGAAAAGAAAAAAGUAAACACUAAUCAAAUAAGAUUGAAUACAAUGCUUCAUAUAGUUUAUUGCAACUUUUGAAAAUAGGGAUGUUUAAAAAAUGAUAUUUUACCGUUAAAAGUGUCUUAUAACAAUGUUUUGAACACAGUUCAUAAUAUUGUUUUGAAAACAUUUCAUAAUAUUGUUUUGAAAACGUUU